AAGAAGGCGCGGGCCUCGUUUCAGAUAAUCCUCAUUUUGUCUAUUUCGAAGACGGAAAGGGGGGUAGAGGGGAAAAAAGAAAAAAAAGAAAGGAAAAAAAAGCUAUCGAACCCCUUCUCUCCCAUCCUAUAAAUUCCCCUUGCAUUUUCUUCUCAUUUCGAAAUGCCAUUCAACUGACGUCAAAACCCCCAAAGACAAAGUCCCCAGAUUCUCUCUCUCUCUCUCUCUCUCUCUCUCUCUCUCUCUCUCUAUCGUGAUUAGGGUUAGGGCUUCUGUGAAUAGAUUCUCUGCUCACCAUUCGCCGAUCGUUGAAGAAGCUCCGGAGAAUCUCUGCUCUCGAAUUUUGCUUCUCUCUGAUUUCUACGGGAAAUCCGUGAAUCUCUCUGUAUUCGAUGGAAAAAGAUCAAGAUUAGCGUUAAGGAGUUGCAGUAACGCAAGAAUUAUUGCUUCGGUUUCUUUCUGUCGCUACUGGAAGCCGUUCCAUCUAUUUCUGUUCAUAUUUCUCUCAGGAUUUUCAUCUGUAAGGAUAGAGUUGGGACUAGGACCAGCGUUCUGGAGAAAUGGAAACAUCCGGCGGGAAUUCUGAUUCAUACAGGAGUUCCUCAGGCAGUAGCGGUUUGAGAAGAUAUGGAAUGCAGUUUUCCGCAUCGAGUUUUAUCCAGGCACCAUUAUCGGCGCUGUUGGAGUAUUCGGGUAUUCUCCGAGCCCGGUCGAGUCACCAGGAAAAUGAGGGGCUGAUUGAUGGGCAGAAUCGGUUAGAUGAUUCUGCUGCUGGCGAGGUCUCAAUAAGGAUAAUUGGUUCUGGAGAUCAUGAGAAUGUUCGUCCAGGUGUGCCAGUGGGUCCAGCGAGGGAUGUGGAUUCUGGUCAGAAUGGCGUUCCUGUGGAACAGAUUAAUGGGGCGGUGGUAGGGGCAGAUCAUGAGGAAGAUGGUGGGAGUGGAGAGAGGGGUCCGUCAUCACCAUCGCCGAUCAUGUCUCCUAGUUCACCAAGUGGGGGUUUGGAUGGAGAGGCCGGGAAUGCCACUGGAGGUAGCACUAAUAAUAGGGAUUCUUCAUAUCAGAGAUAUGAUAUUCAGCAGGUUGCAAGGUGGAUUGAGCAGAUUCUGCCAUUUUCAUUGCUUCUGUUAGUCGUAUUCAUUCGUCAGCAUUUGCAAGGACUCACAGGUUUCUUUGUCACAAUUUGGAUUUCUGCGGUGAUGUUCAAGUCAAAUGAUGUUCUACGAAAGCAGACGGCCCUAAAGGGUGAGAGAAAAAUUUCUGUUCUGCUUGGCAUUGCAGUAGUUUUCAUGCUUCAUGUGAUUGGAGUUUACUGGUGGUACAGAAAUGAUGAUCUUUUAUACCCCCUGGUCAUGCUUCCACCAAAAGCAAUACCACCCUUCUGGCAUGCUAUAUUCAUCAUCAUGGUGAACGAUACCAUGGUACGGCAAGCAGGGAUGGUUUUCAAGUGUAUGCUACUAAUGUACUACAAGAACAAUAGAGGUCGUAAUUACCGUAAGCAGGGUCAAAUGCUAACCCUAGUUGAGUAUUUCCUGCUGCUGUACCGCGCUCUGCUGCCAGCACCAGUUUGGUAUCGGUUCUUCUUGAACAAGGAAUAUGGAAGCCUCUUUUCAUCGCUCACCACAGGGCUGUACCUGACUUUUAAAUUGACAUCAGUUGUUGAGAAGGUCCAAUCCUUUUUUGCUGCAUCGAAGGCCUUGUCACGUAAAGAGGUGCAUUAUGGAUCAUAUGCAACAUCUGAGCAGGUUACUGCAGCAGGAGAUCUGUGUGCAAUUUGCCAGGAGAAGAUGCAUGCACCGAUCUUGCUUAGGUGUAAACACAUCUUCUGCGAAGACUGCGUAUCUGAAUGGUUUGAAAGAGAGCGUACCUGCCCUUUGUGCAGGGCACUGGUGAAACCAGCAGACCUGAGAUCAUUCGGUGAUGGCUCUACGAGUCUCUUUUUCCAGUUAUUCUAAAUUGGCCAAAGAUGCAAACUAAACGUUGACAAAGGUUGCUUCAUCACCACAUUGAAAUGCUGCUCCAAAAACGCCUGCCCACUCGACUGUCAUCUCACGGGUAAUUCUGCUGCACAUCUUGUAUUGACUUGUUCUGUAUUUUUGGGUCUGGUGGACGUGCUGGAAACUGGCUUCAAAGGUGAUCGUCUGUCUAUAAGCAUAUAUUCAUGGGCUGGGUUAUGUAUAUCUUUCAUGGGUCCUUCAAAAGGCAAUUUUUGAACUACAGAUGAGGGUCUUUGACCGUAUAAAUCUAUAUAUACCCUGUAAUUCUAAUAUAUAUGAAGUCCAUGGUCGUGAUGGAUGGGCAGAAGUCCUGGGCAUGAUCAUUGUUGUA